AAUCUGUUUCUUAGGAAGGAAUGGAAUCGUCAACUACCCAAUGCCAGUUCCCACAAAAAAUGGAAAUUUCAUGGAGAAAAUCACAUUAUCUAGUGGACAACACAUUAUUAGGGUACUCGAGUAUGUCGAAGGGACAAUUUUGCAAAAAGUAACGUGUCCACCAGAGCUAUUUUACGAUGUCGGAUACACCGUAGGCAAAUUAGACUUGGACAUGAAGAAUUUCCACCAUGAUGCUUACGAUAAACGGAACUUUCUAUGGAUGUUACAGUCAGUUCCAUAUCUGUCCAAAUUCGUCUUCGCAGUUUCAGAUGAACGCAAUAAGGAAGUAGUCAUCAAUGUCAUUGAAGAAUUUGAGAGAAGGGUUCUACCGAUCUCGAACUCCUUGGAAAAAGGAUUAAUACAUGGCGACGUGAACGAACAGAAUAUUAUUGUGGAUAAAGUUGCUGAUAAAUAUUCGAUCCAGGCGAUCAUAGACUUUGGAGACACUCACAUUGGAUGUUAUCUAUAUGAAGUAGCUAUUACCAUGGCCUACAUGAUUCUCACAUCUGAGAACAUCGAGAGUGGUGGAUACGUUUUGGCAGGUUAUCACUCUGCCAAAAGGGUAUCUGAAAACGAACUGUCACUAUUGAAGGUUUGUGUAGCAGCUCGCUUAUGCCAAUCAUUGGUGAUGGGAGCGUACUCCAUACUACAAGAUCCCGAAAACACUUAUGUUCUCACUACUGCUGCAAAGGGAUGGACAAUAUUGAAUGAACUAUGGAGACAACCAGAAUCAGAAAUAUUGGAUGGAUGGAAGAGUAAAUUGAAGCAAUAAAUAAGGUCAUGUUUCAAAAAUGAACUGGUGUCGAUAGUGACAGUGAUUUCAAUGACUUCGUUGAAAUUCUGCCGUUCCGGAGGAGUCCGUUAGCACAUAACCUCCUCCAAGUGAAAUUAUUGUGUCAAAUAUUCAUUUCAUGGUAUAUUACUCGGUGAAGCUUCAAUACAAUAGCUUCUACGAGUGAAAUACACGUACAUACAAUUUAUUAUAAUUGUAGUUCACUACUAGAAAAACUGUGCUAGCGAAACAUGUCAUGUUAUUGCGGAUUUUGUGGGAAACUCAUCGUUUGUGAGUUUUCUUCGGUAAAUCUUGUCGGCUCCCGAAUGGUAUAUCGGUAGAUUUAAUACUGAUAGUUGGAUUCAGAAUAUGGCCUGAGUAGUUCAUAUCCAGGUUUAUAUUCAAUCAUAGCGUUGUGAAAUCAUAAUGAUUUUUUUUUAUUCUCUAUUAUAGACUUCUGAAUUGGACUUCUCUGACUUUGAUUAUGGAAAUGAGUAUCUAUUUGUGUACCUUGAAUUACGUAUAGUUUCUUUCGUCACAUCGAAAGUUCAAUGGAUCCUAGCGAGAAAACUGUGAGAGGAGCCAUAUUAUAAUCAACGAAAUUUAUGUCGACGCAGAUUUUGAUCGAUCUUUUUGUUAUAUGUAUGAUUAUCCAUAUGUGGCUAUUGAGAUUCAAUGAAGUAUAUGCAAACAUAUUUUCAAUAUUUGACAACAAUUAAUCAUGAAAAGGCUGAAUCAAAUUCAAUAAUAUCAAUAAUAAUAACGUAAAAGAAUAUUUGAAUUUCCUUCUUGUCUGUUUCUGAAACCGAUCAAGCGCUGAAGUAUCUGAAUGAUAUGAAUAUUUUCUUCCUACCAAAUGGAGAUGUCCAGCGGCAGUUACCAAAACUUGAAUUCCUCUCCUCUUACUAAAACUAAGGUUUCGAGCAACGUCACCAAACUGGAAGAAUCAAAUGUGUCAAUUUUUGAUGACCUAAGUCUGGAGCAUCAAAUUAUCAAUGAAUCACGAUCAGAUUUUCAAACUGCUGAGAGUAAAAGCUUAGAAACAACGAUACGGCACAAUCACCUUUUGAUCAACAACGAGCAAGAAACUCUCGAGCAGUUGUCAUCAGAACCAAGUUUUCUGGAUGCUGCUGGCAUCAGUGGAAAAGCAGCUGUGACAUUCAGCAGGGAAAAAAAAGAAAUUAGCUCAUGCUGUUCGCAUAAGUGAAGGAGCAGCAAUGGCAAAAGAAGGAAAGAAAUUAGUUCUCCUAUAUAACCUCUGUCCCAAAGGAGUCAUUAAUAGAAAAUACCCCUACAACCGCUAAAGGCUCUUGUUCAUCUUGCAUUUGAUAUAGUUUUGUAAUUACUGUCAUCCAGAGAUUGUACUCUUAUUUUCGAUAAUAUCAUUUAUAUCAUAUCUUCUUUCAUCACUGUAUUCGUCGUUGUUAGGUCCAAAUUGUAAUUUUAUGUAGAAUAAAUUUGUGUUCAUAAUGCGAUUACUAUAUGUUUGUCAUAAUAAUACCAGAUCACUAACAGAUAAUUUCGAAGAUUUCAAAGAUAAAACCCAUAACUAGUAUUAUGCCCAGGUAACACAGACCUCUCCGCGGUUAGUCAGAGAGGUCAUCAUUAGGAUCAUAGGCGAACUCUCAUUGUCAGGUAGCAAAUAUCGCAAAAUGUGCAUCAGAAAUUCUAACUGCGAGUUCCUUGAGCUAGCUUGAACUCUUCUCACGUUUUUGACAGUUCAUUUUUCGUUAAUUUUUGUGUUCAUG